CUUGAGAUCCGGCAAUGUAAGCUGUCGGUCACGCGGCAAGUGCUGUUCAAACAGAACAGUCAUCGCUCACAAUUCCGGUGUCUGUGAACAGAACUUUACUUUCUGUCCCAAUAUUCAUGGAAGCAUUGAAUUAAUUCAUGUAAUCUCAAACACUGGAUGUUGGAUUUCAGUUACAAUGUUCUUUGUCAGUUGAGCUAUUUAAAAUCUUGACAAUGUUCUCUGUUCCCAUGGAAGAUGUCCAACAGAAACACAAGGAGACUCUGCGGGCACAAACUGAAACACUGAGAGUGAACACGAUCCUGAUGAGGGAGAAGGUGAAGGUUUUCCAGCUGGCUGAUCGAUACGCUGAGCUCACGGUUAUUUCUACUGUUCGAGAUCGGAGACUGGUGGAACAUGAGCUGUUAGCAAGAGGCAGAGCCCACGAGGAGUGGAGAGAGAAACAUCUCCACGGAGAGCUGGAAAAAAUCCGGACUGAUCAGUUGUUCCAGAGCAGCUUUUCCCGGAGUAAAUCCAAAUCUGGGAGUUCGGCAGCAGUGGCCGGAGUCGCGGGGAUCGGGAAAACAACAAUGGUACAAAAGAUUGUUUAUGACUGGGCCACAGGGAAAAUAUACCAACAGUUCCAGUUUGUCUUCAGUUUCAAAUUCCGGGAUUUAAACUCCAUUAAUUGUAGAAUAAACCUGAGGGAAUUGAUUCUGGAUCAGUAUCCUUACUUUGGGAAUAUCCUGAGAAAGGUCUGGAAGAACCCAGAGGGAUUGCUGUUUAUAUUCGAUGGUUUGGAUGAAUUCAAACACACAAUCGAUUUUGCUGACAGUCGGAGAGAUACAGAACCCAAGCACCAGUGCCCAGAUCCCGAAUGGUGGUGUGAAGUGUCUGACAUUGUGUACAGUUUAAUCCAGGGCAAGCUGCUCCCAGGGUGUUCAGUGCUGGUGACCACCCAGGAGAACGAGAUCCUGUACACCAUGAGCUACAACCCCUCCUACUGCUGGAUCCUCGCUCUGGCACUGGGUCCCUUCUUCACACAAAGAGUCAGGGACCCGCAGCGAGUUCCCAAGACCAUCACCCAACUGUACUCCUACUUUAUUUACAACAUCCUGAAAAACCACGGACGUGAGAUUGAAAACCCCCGUGAUGUGUUACUCAGGGUUGGUCAGAUGGCCUUCAGAGGAGUGUCCGAGAAGAAGAUUGUGUUCACAGAUGAAGAUUUGGUCAACUUCAAGCUGCAGCCUUCCCAGUUCCUGUCCGGGUUCCUGAUGGAGCUUUUGGAGAGAGAGGAUUCUGCCCGGAGCGUGGUGUACACAUUCCCACACCUCACCAUCCAAGAGUUUGUAGCUGCAGUCGCACAAUUCCUGAAUCCACAUCCCGGGGAUAUCCUGAAAUUCCUCACUGAAGCCCACAACACGUCAGAUGGGCGAUUUGAGGUAUUUCUCCGUUUUGUUGCUGGUAAUGACCUGGGAGAUUCAGGAGUGAAACUGGUGUCUGUGGCUCUGAGGAACCCAGAGUGUAAAAUACAGAAACUGGAGCUGAGGGAUGUCGGUCUCACAGAUUCUGGUGCCAAGGAACUCGUCUCCGCUCUCAGUACAAACCCAUCACUGAUGAGGCUGAACCUGAGUGAAAACUCGCUGACAGACCGAUCUCGGCAGCAGUGUUCGAGACUCCCCCACGUGAGACCCCAGGGAAUUACACAGACAGGAAGAGCUCGGGGGCCGAGACUCAGUCUGGGACACCAGUGUCCUGGUUUGUAUUAUCCAGUGAGGAUAAUGCGGAACCGUCCCGCCGUGAAGUGUUUCCGCCUGUUGUCCGGCAGCUUCCGCCAGAUGUACGUGUUCGAUACUCCGACGUGA